AUGGAAACUGGUUCAUAUGACCUGGAUCAUUUUUUCAACUUGGACACCGAUCAGGGACGUCCUAAGCUAGACACCGGCCAGGGGCGUCCUGCGCUUGCCGGCAAUGAGAUUUGGGUUAUUCUCCGAGCCCUACGUCCUGUUCCUUCGGACCCGAAAUCGUUGUAUUUCUACUCACCUGACUACAAUCCAGUCAUCUCUGAUGAGGAACUAUUAGACCUUCGGAUCCAGUUUCAUCAUCUAGAUAUCGAGACCGGCGACGUUUCACCCUCGUCUAUUCCUUGCUUCCUUCCAAAGACCGAUUUUCCCGAAGUUUUGGAGGCAAAUGAUUUCUACCCUGAUAUGUUUGGAGGUGCAGAGGAGAUGUUAUCCUAUUUGAAGAGAGAUAAUAAUCGUAGUGCCGGUAGCCUUGAUAUUUUCCCGGAAUGCCUGUCGCUCGAUUUCAAUGCCUUUUCAUUCGAGGGAAGCGAGGACCUCCAAGAUAAAUUUGGAGAUUUGGAGAACGGGAUACCCAAUAACUACGGCUGGAGUAGCGAUGAGGAGACCUUCCACAGGGUAUGUGUUGCUCGUGACGGCUCUUGUAUAGGUGAAAAGUUCGAAGCUUUGAAAAUGGUACCCUUUAGCCUACGGCCUUAUUGGCCAAAAAAACUCGGUACACCAGACAAACAGACUUAUAUAUGGGCUAUGGCUGAUGUCGGUACAUGUGGCGAUAAUUCGCGCCCCUCGAGAGAUGAAGUCGCAGCCCUAGCAUGUACUAUGUUGGAUUCUAUGUGGCAAGAGUACCUAUCAAUCCGCGAGGAACAACCACGCCGAGAAGACAUGUUUCCGACACUGCUUAUCAUUUUCGACGAGUACGGACACUCUCGGGUCCUAGCUGGAUAUUUUGAUGGGCAACUCCAUGUUCAGUUCACCCGCAUUUUGGAUUUCAAGGAAUACGCCGUAAUACCGCCCGAGGACACGCCAUACAUUGAUACUAUCGACAAGGGCAAGCUUUAUGACAUGCUAAAUAUGCUUGCUAAAUGGUCAUGGCCCAUCCCAGUGGCAACCACGAAGGAAUACACUGCGGUGUGA